AUGCUUGUUCCCUAUUUAUUGCAUCGAACUACACUUGUGCAAGGCUCAUCGAAGGGAGUAGGCUUCAUUCGCUUUGACCAACGUUCUGAGGCCGAGGCCGCAAUCCUGGAGUUGAACGGUUACCGAAUUCCUGGCAGUAGCGAGCCGAUCACAGUCAAAUUUGCCAGCUGUCCCAGCUCCACUCGUCUUUUGGCUAGCCUUCUCCCUCCGGCCACUCCGCUGGCCCAGCUUGAUGCCACUAGUUUAGCAGCUGCUGCUGCAGCCGCUACAGCCUCAUUGCUUGCUGUUCCAACGCCGCCAGUGGCAAAUAUAGGCAGCACUCAGUUCUCUGAGUUCCCCAACCGUCAACUGAUGGCUGCAUUGGCGGCUGCUGCGAAUUUUCGACGCCAGCAGCAAGAACAACAGGUGGCGUGGCUUCAGAAUGCAGGCCUCGGCUACCAUCCAGCAGCAAAUCCUUCCCCAGUUCUGCCGUCCCAGCGAAUUAGUUGGAAGAAUUCUGGUUUCGCUGGUGGUCCUGUGCAAUCUGCCACUGCUUCUUCGUUAAAAAUAAGCAUCAUGUCAAUGAGUGCUUGA